ACACCAGAACUCCUAUUUGUACAGCGCUUCCCCCGCUUUUCAUAAAGAAGGCUCUAGAAGACAUCAUCCAUCAGAACAAACUCGGUGCCAUCAAGACUGGAGACAGCAGAACAACGAAACGACCCAUGUCAACUCGAUCCAGCAUCUCGAAACCCAUUUCCUCCCUCCGUCCCAGAGCUGCCGGCAUGGGGUACUAUGGUAAUCCAGUCGCUGUGCUUGGCAUGAAGUCAGACCAAGUCCGACCGCUUGACAAAUCUGACGUUGAAGGCAAAGGCAGCUAUAUCGCAGUUGAGAUUCCUCGAUUGAAGAACAACGUCCCAAUCUACAUCUCGCGAUCGGACGAUGCGAAGCAGGAGUUCAUUGCGGAGGUCAAUCUUUGGAGCAUGGGGGUUCGGUACAACCUGCAUAGACUUCUCGGGGAAGGACCUCAGCUCUACGUCGUGAAUGCAUGAGGAUGGUCGGCGUGAGCCAUGGCUUGGUGUGAUGAUAACAAGGAGGAUAUGAUCAUUUCCAAUAUUAUUUGCAUGUUUUGCAGUGGGUUGGGUGCGCCGCUUUGGGUAUUUUUGGAUAUUACAUGUUCUUUAGACAGUCAUGGGGGACUCGGACAGUUAGUAAAUGUCACCUUUAGCCGUGAUUGUUGAAGAUAGCAGUUCAUCCGAGGAUGCAAGUCAGCCGGAGAAAUUACUUGGUCAGCUGCAUGAAGAUUCCAUUUCUAGCACCGGUUUAUGCAUGAUGACAGGCUUGAGGUGGCAAACCCGUUAGAACACGAGAACCAUCCGCCUGGAAAGUGCUGUCAC